GGGCAUCUAAAGAUGUUGUUUUGAAAGAUAACACGCAUGAAAUGGUAAAUAAGUUUCAGGCAAAACCUGUCAAACUUUGGACUUCGUUUAAUGAGAUAUGUUGCAACAUACAAACUAUUUCUGAGCACUAUGGUUUCAACCCUAGUGAUUUGAAUAUUCAGCAGCUCUUGGAGAUGGUGGAAAAGUAUAAACUUGAAGACAAAGUGCAAAUACAAGUUAUGCAUGAUAAAAGUGGAGACGUAGCAAGAAAGGUAGAAAAUGAACUGACAGUCAGACUUCAGAGCCGAAUGGGCGUGAAAUUCAAGACAUGCAGAAAUGAAUCUGAGAUAGAGCCCACAAAACCGUUACUCGUAUUUUGUGUUGCCGGAACCAGGAUAGGAUCAGAUGCUACUUAUUCUAUUCAACAUAUAGCAAGAGAAUAUUACAGAAACACCGCAUUGUUGAUAAUCCACAACAAAGAAGAACAUUCUCUGCCAGUUAAAUCCAGUUCAGAUGUUCUAACCGAUCGGAAAUUUAAAGACUUAGGAGGCAUAUUUGACUUCGGUUUCACGAAAGAUAUGGGCAUAUAUGGGUGCAAAAUGAAUAACAGAAGCUUAGAGAAUCUUACUUUGUUUAUUACACGACACGUUGCUGAGAAAAGUUAAUACAGUCAAGGAUUAUACAUGUCAGAACAGUGUUUGACAUAUCUAUGAAUAUUAUGAUUCAAAUAGACUAAAUCAUUUGAAGGAUAAAAUACAAAGCUUUAUCUUAGGAACAAACGCUAAGUGCAUACAAUUAUUCUAGCAAUGAUUUAUCAUAGAAACCCAUAACAACCAUUGGUAUAACCAAGUACACUAUGAUAUAAUUCGGUGUUGUAAUAAAAACGAAAUGAUUAUGCAGUAUGAAAUGUUAAAUGUGAAAAUUGAUAAAGCAUUCAGCAUUUAUGCUAAACACAGUAAAAUGGUAUUUAUUUCAAAACGGUCAGGGUUGUUUCAAUCAUAUACUAAUUUUCAUAAAGCUUUAAAUAAUUUCAGAGGUAUAAUUAACUGAUUUGGUACGCAUUCCCAGGAAAAAAUGCAUUAGCCACUAUACAUGCUUUUUUUGUUUGAUAUUUAAUAUACGUUCAAAGAGAAUUAAUCAUGUGGCUGAGCUUUGAGCGAAUGACGUACAGUAUUGCUUCUUUGAAUGCUUUUUCUGUUUAUUUUUUGAAAAUGGAAAAAGAUACAAAGAGAAAUAUUGUGUAAUCUAAAAGAAACAUGUUUACAUCACCGGUUCUGUCCUGUGAUUCAUUUUUCCUUCGCUAAAUGAUCUACAGAUUUUAAUUAGUGAGAUGAUUUCCCAUUCUAAAGAAAAGAUUCGCAGAUACAGAAUACCAAAGAGCAUUUAGGGUGUAUAAAUAAUUUAGACUGAAGGUUUCUAUAUUUACUUUACACACAAAGCACACUUAGUAUGUGCAACGUACGGUAAAAUGCAGAUAAUUGUUGCUACAGUCCCUGGCUCGCGGAUUUUACAAAGUCCGCGCUUCCCCGCGAUUGGACCCUAGCACGGACAAUUUCUUGAGCCGCGGGGAUGCGCGUUUUUUACAUGCAUCCACGCAACACAUUUUACAGCUUGCGACCAAAUGCAACAGAAUCGAUUGCCGUGCUCCGCGAUGACGGGUCGCGUCGCAUCGCGAUAAGGUGCCGCUGGUUCGAGGUGAAUUACGAUGAAUUGCCGCGAUUUACAGGUAAAUGCAGCGGCCUGUUGUACUGUAUGCUGUUAAAGUACAGUAAAUUUAAAAUUUCAACACUAUGACGUGAUAAGAAAUGAAGAAAGUAAAUAGUGUUAUAUA